CACAUCGUCGGCCUCUCUGGGCCCCGGGACUGGAGUCUCACUGGCUCUCUGGGUUCCUGGAGCGGAUCCGGGGCAAGAGGGAAGAGAGCUCCGGGUCAAGGGCCACUGCUGCCCGGACUCGGCCGCCAGCCCGCGCUCGGCGGGGCCGCCAGCCAGGAUUGGACACAGUGUGGACGAUCAAAUCAAACAGGAGGAGGCUUGUUCGCUCACGUAGUAACUCACAGUGGCUCCUCGGGCACCUUCAGGAUGCCUGCGGCACUUGUGGAAAACAGUCAGGUCAUCUGUGAGGUGUGGGCCAGCAAUCUUGAGGAAGAGAUGCGGAAGAUCCGAGAGAUUGUCCUCAGCUACAGCUACAUCGCCAUGGACACAGAGUUUCCAGGUGUUGUGGUACGACCAAUUGGUGAAUUUCGAAGCUCCAUAGAUUACCAGUAUCAGCUUUUGCGGUGCAAUGUUGACCUUCUAAAAAUCAUCCAGCUGGGCCUUACAUUCACAAACGAGAAAGGGGAGUACCCUUCUGGAAUCAACACUUGGCAGUUCAACUUCAAGUUCAACCUGACAGAGGAUAUGUACUCCCAGGAUUCCAUAGACCUCCUUGCAAACUCAGGGCUGCAGUUCCAGAAGCAUGAGGAGGAAGGGAUCGACACGUUGCACUUUGCAGAGCUGCUCAUGACGUCGGGAGUGGUUCUCUGUGACAACGUCAAGUGGCUUUCAUUUCACAGUGGUUAUGAUUUUGGCUACAUGGUAAAGUUGCUUACUGAUUCUCGGUUGCCAGAAGAAGAGCAUGAGUUUUUCCACAUCCUGAACCUUUUCUUUCCGUCCAUUUAUGAUGUGAAAUACCUGAUGAAGAGCUGCAAAAAUCUUAAGGGAGGUCUUCAGGAGGUGGCUGACCAGUUGGAUUUGCAGAGAAUUGGAAGGCAGCAUCAAGCAGGCUCAGACUCCUUGUUGACACUGAAGGCUUUCUUCAGGAUGAAAGAGCUAUUCUUUGAGGACAGUAUUGAUGAUGCCAAGUACUGUGGGCGCCUCUAUGGCCUGGGCACGGGAGUGGCUCAGAAGCAGAAUGAGGAUGUGGACUCUGCCCAGGAGAAGAUGAGCAUCCUGGCCAUGAUCAACAACAUGCAGCAGUGAUAGCGCGUGCACCGUGCCAUCUGUGCCAUCCGCCCCAGCCAUUGACCUGCAUCUGCUCUAAGCAGAGACUUUGGGUUUCUGUUUAAAGAUGCCUUUAUUUUAGAUCCAGAAGAAGGGGGUUUGCUCUGAAUUUGUAAACAAGUCUUCCUUUUCCUCAUGCCCACGUCCCUCUGCUGCCUCCUGCCACCAGCAUCCAUGGCUUCAUGGACACCUUUUUAAACCUCCAGGAUGUCUGAAACAAACCAGUAAAAUGUAUAUGACUCUUACACGUUGUCAUUCUUUUUUCUUUUGGCUUUGCUGCUCUGAUGAAGAUUCUCAGAUGAGCUGAGGCUGCCAGGGAACAUGGUGUAUGUUCUUGGGAAGUAGGUCCGCAACAGCAGGCUCUGCCCUGCUUUUGUCAAACUUCUCCAGGACAGAGCAGUCCUGACUGUUCUGAAACCUGGAAAGUUCUGAGUCUCCUUUUUGUGGCAUUAAGCUGGCAGCUGAGCCUCACCUCAAGUCACCUUAGUUUUCGGAUGAACUGCCCUCGACUAGGUCAUGCUCCAUGUCCAUUUUGUUCUCAGCAGGGUGAUCUCAAUCAGCUGUGUUCUCUUAGCUUCCAUUCCCAUGCUUUUACUUAGCAAGCCGGAGAUGUCAAGUGGUGGUAAAGCUGAGCUCCGGAAUGCUAGGAAAGUCACAGGAGUCACUUGUGAGCAGGGCAGUAAGAGACUUCACCUCAGACCUCUGAGAGUCAUCCCACAGCUGUCAGAAGCCGAUGAUUUUUUUUUAAGGUUAGGCAUUUUGGAAGCACACUUUUUAAAAAUGACUACAGAAAGUACAAUUUUGAGAAAGCAGAAACUUCUUUGGAAGGCGGAGACAGACGGCAGCAGCUCCCUGAAGCAGGAGUGGUCUUACAUCUUAAAAGCUUGUGGGAAACUGAAUUUGAAAUGAUUACAAAAUGUCAACUAUUAAAGCUGAUAUUUAAGAUGCUUGUAAAUAUUAUUUAUGUUUUUAAUUUUGUAAAAUAAAGAUUGCUUUUUAACCACUGG